CCAAAAAUCACGACAGAAGAAGAGGAUGGCACAGGAAACUGCAGAGGACGAAAGGAAGCUCUUCCGUUUUUGAGAAGACAGAGAGGGAAUGAGAGAGAAUCACCAAAACGCGUCGAUGAAAAUUCAGUACUAGGCCAUUUCUGAGCAAAAAUUGCCGUUAACGUUCCUCGUUGCCAAGACCUAGAAUCAUCGCUUCAAUUAUCCGUCAUCAGCUCGAAAUCUACUUGUCAAAGGCUACGUGCAAACCAAAACAUGAUGUCUCGACCGUAACGCUUCUUCGUGCUUUGUCGCUUUCGCUCGGCUUUGUAGCACACUUAAGACCAAGGCACGCCGAAAAAGACUAUCGUCGAUCAUGAUGACAAAAUUAAGGCGGGUGUGGCGGAUACCAUUCCUGGUCAUAGCGGCGCAGAUGGUCGAAGCGGAAAAAUACCGCGAUGGUGCGAGCGGUAUCCGAUGUCAAAUCUGCAAGGAACUUGCGCGCAGUGCGCUCGGUAUGUACAGGUUAUGGCACCAGGUGUUGGUUUCAUUUCCAUCUUUCGUUGCAUCAACAUGCGCCUCACGAUGUUACUUACAUCGGAUAGCCUAAACGGAAUAAAUCCCUUUCAAUGAGAUCAGGGAAUGAACUGGGAAAAACACUUGACUGAUCUCCAUCUCAGCGUCGAAAGCAAACUCUUACCUCUGCUCAGCUCACAUGAAAAACCUUCAUACGGGGAAAAGAUGAACAGCGGACCCGCGAAGGCCGUAGCUGCAGCCACGGGUGAAACGUCAAAGGACGGCAACAAAAAAGGAGGAUCUGUUUCCGCAAACAUCCAGAUUCCAACAUCAAAAGCCUCGUUGGGAAAUAAGGAUAAUUUUCUAGCACGUCUACAGAAACACGUCUGUCAACAGAACAAUCUCUCGCAUCUGCCGAAUCCCAAAGGUUAUGCACUACACUUACCAACACUCAAGUACGACUGUGAAGAUUUGGUUGAAAACUUAGGAAUGGAUUUGAUAGACGCUCUGACCCUAUCUGAAGAUGUUGUCAAAGAUUUCUGUGCGGAUCAAGACGAGUGUCCCGCAGAAGAUUCGGAUGACGAGAUGUGAGAAUCGUUCGAACUUCUAGUUUUAUAGAUGAGCGCAAGUUGAAAUUCCAAUUAUG